GCCUAGCAAAAACGGCAACGCCAUUUUUGCGUGGUUUUGCUACUGCCUCAGAACCUAUAACUUAUACAUUGCCGAAGAAUAGUUUCAAGGCAUACGAUUGCGAGUCACCUUCAAAUGAAAUUGAGAUAACGAGGGAAGAAAUUGUUGAAAUGUAUAAGCAAAUGGUCUUGAUGCGUAGGAUGGAAACUGCUGCAGAUGGCUUAUAUAAAGCAAAGAAUAUUAGAGGAUUUUGUCAUUUGUGUACAGGUCAAGAGGCAGUAUCUGUAGGAAUGGAAGCAGCGAUCACAAAAGAAGAUGCGAUUAUCACAGCGUAUCGUUGUCAUGGCUAUACAAUGAUGCGUGGAGCUACACCUCGUCAAAUUCUUGCAGAGUUAACAGGUCGCACCACCGGUACUUCAAAGGGAAAAGGAGGCUCUAUGCAUAUGUUCGCUAAAAACUUUUAUGGUGGAAACGGUAUAGUUGGUGCACAGGUUCCUGUAGGAACUGGCAUAGCUUUCACUCAAAAGUAUAUGGAAACCAAAAAUGCUACAUUCAUUUUAUAUGGUGAUGGGGCAGCCAACCAAGGUCAAGUAUUUGAGGCUUAUAAUAUGGCAAAACUAUGGAGUUUACCGGCCAUAUUUGUUUGUGAAAAUAAUUUAUAUGGUAUGGGAACUUCCGCUAGUAGGAGUUCCGCCAAUACACAAUAUUAUACGCGUGGUCAAUACAUUCCUGGAGUUCAGGUCAAUGGCAUGGAUGUAUUAGCCGUGAAGCAAGCAUGCAAAUGGGCAAAAGAUUGGACUACAUCUGAUAAGGGACCUGUUGUCAUGGAGAUGGUGACCUAUCGUUAUGGUGGUCAUUCUAUGUCAGAUCCCGGUACCACCUACCGUACUCGUGAAGAAAUUCAACAUAUGAGGAGUACGAACGAUCCGAUCACCGGUUUAAGAUUGAGGAUUACGGAUUUAGGUUUUCUCACUGAAGCCGAGAUCAAGACAAUCGAGAAAGAAAUACGCGCAAACAUAGAUGAGGCGGUAAAAUUGGCCCAAAAUGAUCCAUUACCCGAUGAAUCGGAAAUAUGGACCAAUGUUUAUGUAAAAGGUUCUGAACCUCCAACCAUAAGAGGCCGUGAACGUGAGGAAUUUGGAACAUUUCAAUAA